UAUACGUCCGUAUAUCAAGCAUAUACGAGAUCAAAAAAUAUUUGUAAGAGGUAAGGUUCGAACUCCCGACCUCGAACACGAAGGUUUUGCUCCCAACCACUGAAGCAAGAGCUGCCUUCAUUAAUAUAUGCUCACGUGUUAUAUUUAUUAUGUCAUAAGCGACAUAAAUAAAAUAACGGGAGAGGCAAGGUUCGAAACCUUAACCUGCUGCACGAAACCUUUGUCCCCAACCACUGGAGCACAAGCUGUGCUUAAUAUAAUGUGUACAAAUUUUAUACUUAUUAUGUCAUAAACGAACAUAAUAAAAAUAAACGAGAGGCGAGGUUCGAACCUCAGACCUCUUGUACACGUACUUUACACUCAACCACUCGAGCACGGCUGCUCACGUUAUUAUCCAUACCAAUCCUUUUAUUUAAACCAACUGUUUCAACUGUUUCAACAAUUCGGCCCAAAACAUCCAAAACUGUUUCAGAAACUCGGCCCAUCAGGCCUCCACCCACAGCUACAGUGAUGCCUUGAUCCGAGACAGGCCCAAGUACGGCCCACUUGUGUCACGGCUUAUCCCUUCCGUGAUUUACGGCAGUCAAAUCUGCUUUCGGCUACAGCUGUCUGCCACAGCGCCUCGAGAUUCCCUCGGUCCCCUUACACGCUCUCCACGCGCCAACAACUUUUCCGGGUUUCAGGGCGACUUUAAUCCAACGCGUAGAAUGAAUCACAGGAAUCGUCCAUCCAACAGUGGAGAUCUGCUCACCUCGCUCUAUAAAUAGGUGCAUUCUGAGGGCGCAACUGUUCACUCCAAAGGAACGAAAAUCUCUCCUGAGUUCCAGCCCCUCUCUCCCAACUCUUCAGCUUUCCUCUUCUUUCAAAACUCAAAACAUUUCUUCUUCGAUUCAAUCCUUCUCUUCUGAUCUUCUCUCCCAUCUAGUUGAUUCAAUCCCAUCUUUCCUCUGAACUUUCAGAUCUCUAACCCACCAUCAUCAUCCUUAAUCCCUUUAACAACAACUCCUUCAAACACUCGACAACUUUACUCUUCGAUCUUCACAUCCCCUCAACCCAUCACCAUGGAACCACGAACUCUGCAACUGAUGGAGCUACAAACCCAGCAACAAAUCGAGGAUGGAGGAAACAACCAAGCAGCCGGGAGUAGUGCCAACACAGAUUUCUGGCGAAGCCGUGCCAGGUGGGUUCCUACUCCAGAUCAAAUAAGGAUCCUCAAGGAUCUUUACUACGACAAGGGAGUUAAGACCCCAACUACAGAGCAUAUUCACGAGAUCUGUCUCCAGCUGCAACAGUAUGGACAGGUUGAGGGCAAGAACAUUUAUUUUUGGUUCCAGAAUGUCAGGGCUCGAGAGAAGCAGAUGAAGAGGUGCAAUCAGGCUGCUCAAGUGCCCAUGGGAACUAGUUCUCCUGGUACUGGUGGAUCCAUUGAUCUCAAUUUUGGGUCCACUGGUUCUACUGGUGCUGGUGGAUCCAUCGACAUCAAUUUUGGGCCAGCUGGUGGAUCCAUUGACAUCAAUUUUGGGUCCACUAGUUCUACUGAUGAUGGUAGAUCCAUUAAUCUCAAUUUUGGUUCCACCGAUUCUACUGGAGGACAAACAUCCCUGCAACAACGAGGAGGAGAUCACCAGGAGGUUGAAACUCUUCCUCUGUUCCCCGUGCACGGCGAGGACGUCUUUGGUAACCCGAAGACUACUUCUGAGGAAGGUAGCGCAUUUGGUUACUAUUCUGGUGGCUCAGGCGGUUACAACAGUGGCUCUAACGUUUCUCUUGAGCUCAGCCUCAAUCCAUCCGGAGCUGCUGACUAGGCUUAGCAUAGCAUAGUCCUCGUUUUCCUUUUUGUAAUAUAAAAUCAAUAAGAUUGCAUGCAUGUCGUUUCUUCUUUUUGUUAAACCAACAACAACACCAAGGAUCAACCUUGGUCACCUAAUACUAUAUUCAAAACCAU